CUCUCGCCGCUCAGGUCGCGCGGCCGCGGCAGGUUCUUGGACGCGUUGGGAUGUUUUCAUCAUGGCUGCAUGCAUUUCCAGUUACACUUUUAGUUCUGUGUGUUACCACAGUGCCAACAGUAACUCCGACCAUGAAGGCUUCCUGCUCGGGGAGGUAAAAGAAGAGGAAACAUUCAGCAUCAGUGACUCUCAGAUCAGCAGCACAGAACUUAUCCGGGUCAUAGAAGUUCAAAAUCAUGAACCAUGUGCACAACUUUUUAGCUUUUAUGAUUAUUCAGGAAACAUCAAUGAAGAUAAGCUCAAUGGGAUUCUUAAAGAGAGAAGGAAAAGUGUCAUUGGCUGGUAUCGGUUCCGGAGGAACACUCAGCAGCAGAUGUCUCUCAGGGAGCAGCUUAUCCAUCGGCAGCUGACCAACAUCCUGGGCACGACCGACCUUGUCUUCCUUCUCUUCAGCUUCAUCUCCACGGGCAACAACUCCACACACGCUCUGGAGUAUGUGCUCUUCCAGCCGAGCCAGAGCAGGUACAACCAGAGGGUUUCACUGUGCAUCCCUAACCUUGGCAGCACCAGCCAGCAGGAGUACAAGGUGUCCUCUGUACCCAACACCUCGUGGAAUUAUGCCAAGGUGAUUCAGGAACACGGGGCCGAGUUCUUUGACAAGGAUGGAGUCGUGAAGGACAUUAAGAACGUCUUCCAAGUCUACAGUGCACUACAGGAGAAGGUUGAAGCCGUCUGCAGAGAGGUGGAAUGGAGUGAACGUGAGAAGGAGAUGAUCCAACAGGACGUGGAGGAGCUCAAGAAGCAGAUCGCUCUCAGGAAGCACAGGAGAGCUGCGGAUCGCCAGAGGCUUCUGAAAGUGACAUCCAUUGCAGAUCCAGCUGUCGGGGCGAGCUCCCUGGCUUCCCGCAGCGCCCCUAGCGCCCCCUGCUCAUGCACGGACCCCCCUGCCUCUGUGACAGCCAAUGCAGAGGUCGGGGCACCACCCCUGCCCCAGUUCCAGGCGCCCUUGGACCUGCAAACGACGACUUCUGGUACCGCUGCCAGGCAGGCUGUGGGAUUGGAGGAGGAUGAGGAGCAAACUGACGAAAAAUAUGAGGACCUGGAGCUCGAGCGUUUGGAGGAGUCUGACGGAAAGGCUCCCCCUCGGGACUGGGACCAGGACCAGCCCAUUAUCCCGGUGCUAGACAGUGACUGUGGAGACUCUCAGUCCUUCCUGAUCUAAUCACCAGAUUGAGGUGGCAGGGGACCGUGGAGAGCAGUAGGCGGCAUGGCCGCUGCGAAACUGACAGGGAUGCAGAGAUGCUCCAUCGAAGGCGCUGGCAUCCAAACCCCAAGCCAGCGAUGGUCACCUUUGCACCUCGUUCCAAUUAGUGAGAGGGUCCCACCGGCCAGCCAGUGACGCGUCUCCAUUGUCUUUGGUCGUCUGAAAGCCUCAGGCCGUUGCCGCCGGAUCGGUCCGUGAAUCGAAAUCGCACCAGUACCUCUUUGCACUGCUUCGCCUUGUUGAUCUGUUUACCUUAAAAGGGAAGUGCGAUUCCCUGAGGCCAAUUCUUCACAGAGCCAAAUCAGCAGCCAUCUGCUCGCUGCGUCUGCAACUUGAUUGUGCCGAACGGAGGCUUAACUUGUUUUUUUUUUGCUACCUUACACGUUUCUCUCACAUAAAACUGAUUAACUUUUUUAAUAAGUGUGUACCUGUGUGGAACCUGAUAUGUAAAUUUCUUUACUCUAUUUUGUAUUCAUGUAAAAUGAUUAUAAUAGUGACAGGCUUAUCCUCACGGGUACAUUUUAUGCACUUAAAACAUGCUGCCAUGCUUGAGCCUUGAGGAUUGUGGGACGGGAGGGAAAUGCCUGGGUAAUGAGGUGGCAGGAAGCAGUCAGUUUGUUUUUAUGUAUCUAGUGAAAGCAAUUGUUUGUUGCUUGAGUAACGUUUUACUACUGAUUGUAUAUCAGGCCUGUGAAUGGGCCUUUUUACUCUGGGUUCCGCCCACUGGGUUGGGCCUAAUUGGACAUGAAGAUUUACUGGCUGUAUAACUAUCCAAUCAUAAAUCUCAAAGCAGCUAAGAAGAGUUCACCUUAAACUGAGUCAAACAAAAAAAUGCACAGAAUGUGAAUGACCUUAAGGUUGGUGCCUUCCAUUUGUAGACCACCAGACCAUGUGAAAGAGAAGCCAAGACAUAACUCUGCAUAUUAGUAUCAAAUGGUAUUGUGAUGGCCUUCUGACUUAAAGCUGAGAGAUGGAUGUGUGUGUGUGUAUGCAGGACGAUGCAGUAAAGGAACUCUUGCGUAGAGUUUUCAGAGCCGAAAUGAGCUUCUGGUUCUACAUGCAAAUGAAACCGCCGUCUUUCCCGUGCACAUGGAAGAGUUGGCUGUAACUUUGUUAUGUAUGAAGUUCUAAAUGGCUAUGAGCUUGCAAACCUGCACACCUGUGAUCCGUGGCUUUUGAAAAGUACAUGCCUUAGCGUGUGGUGCUAUCUUGUUACAGGAAGCUGUGCUCUGGUCACAUACUGCCAAGAUAUUUAACUGGGUCUCCUACGGGGGCAUCAUGGUGCUGCCAAGCUGCGUUACUCGGCUCCUGCUGGCUAUCGCCCUUUUGGGGCGGGGCACUUCUUCCCUUAAGCCAAUGUUUCCCAACCCGGUCCUCGGGGACCUUGAAAAGUCCACGUUUUUGCUCCCUCCCAGCUCCCAGCCAAUCAGCAACAUCGAAUACCUGGUACAGGUGCACUAGCUGAGAGGAAGCAAAAACAUGGACUGUCCCUGAGGACUGGGUUGGGAAACACUGCCCUAAGCACAACAUUGUAAGACAGUACAUCUGUCAGUUGCACUGGUCCUGCCUUAUCGCGGCUGGAGAAGAUGAAAUCCACCAAUUUAUGCAGUCAUUUUUUGUCUAUUUUGCUUUUCAUUUUGUUUAUUUGUAAGGGGAAAUAAAAGCAAAUGUGGGUUUUUGUCUUGCUAA